AUGCUUCGGGGAGAGCUUUAUGAGGCUCCGGUGAAAAACCCACACAAAAACGAUUCUAACAUUCAAAGCGACGUCGCAGAAAAACACCCAGAAGCAGAUGUGAAAGGCAUAGACGUUUCUCCGAUUCAACCCACAUGGGUACCACCUAAUGCCAGGUUUGAACUAGAUGACUAUAAUUUGGAGUGGCAAGACAUAGACAAAUACGAUUUGAUCCAUCAGCGAGAACUUCUCGGCUCAAUCCCAGACUGGCCCAAAUUCUACAGGGAAUGUUUCAAAGCGCUCAAACCAGGCGGAUGGAUAGACUGCUCCGAGCCCGGUCUGUACUUCGAGUCAUUCUAUGACACUCUCGGCGAAGACCAUGCCUACAAAACAUGGGGAACCGCAAUGUUCGAAGCUGGAAACAAGGCAGGACUGAGUUUUGACGUUGCUCCAUAUAUGAAGGGGUGGCUGGAGGACGCGGGGUUUAUCAAUGUCCGCGAAAGGAAAUUUUGCUGUACGAUUGGCAAAUGGUCAAAAGAUCCCUGGGAAAGGGAGGUUGGUGUGUGGGAGCAAUUAAGGCUUGACGCUGGAUGCCAAGAUUUUUGCGAAAGAAGAUUUAUGAACGAACUGGGGUAA